AUGGGUUCCCCAGCUGCAGUCCCUGUCGAAACGCCGGACAUACCCGAACUCGAAAAGGGAGUUCUCGUGAGAGAAACCAACACCAUCGAACAAACAGCGAACCUCAUUGUUUCCUGGGAUGGCCCAUCCGAUCCAUCGAACCCCUACAACUGGUCCGCCUCCCGCAAAUGGGCCACUACCCUCCUAACCUCCCUCGGCGGUCUCGUGACCCUCAUGUCCGGUCCAAUGCUAGCCCCCGCUCUCGACGCCAUCGGUUCUGAUCUGCACAUUUCCCAAGCAGAAGCCUCCAUGGCUCUAUCCAUCUACAUCCUAGCGUUUGCGCUGAUGGCGGGGUUGGGGGCGAGUGCGGAGUUUGCUGUAUCCGGUGCUAUCGUAGCAGACUGCUUCAACUCGGAUGAGCGAGGGAAGUCAAUAGCUGUCAGAAGUUUCCUGCCUCUGCUGGGACCUGCGAUAGGUCCCAUCGUAGGUGGCGUUAUGGUGCAGCAGGUGAGUUGGCGAUGGCUGUUCUAUACAUUGUCUAUCUUCGCCGCUCUUCUGGUCAUCUUGUUUGCACUGUUCCUGCCCGAGACACACGCACAAACCCUGCUGUCCCGAAAAGCGGCGCGAUUGAGGAAGGAGACGGGCAAGUCGUUCUAUGCGGAGAAAGACGUAUCGAGCAUGACGAUCGCAGUUCGCUUGAAGAUCACUACGCUGCGACCAACAAUUAUGUUGUGCACACAACCGGUCAUCCAGCUCGCAGCAUUCUUGAUGGGAUAUCAAUUUGGCCUGUUGUACAUAUUCCAUGCGACGUUUGCAAGCAUGUGGAUCGAGCGGUACGAACAAUCGCACACUGCGAGCGGUCUCCAUUACUUUGCCAUAGUGACAGGUUGCUUAAGUGCCUUGCUCAUAGAGUGGUGGGCGAUGGAUGCAAUAUGGGCUCGUCUAAAGGCAAGAAACGGAGGGGUCGCGCGGCCAGAGAAUCGGGUACCGCUCAUGGUACCGGGAACCCUUUUGUUCCCUGUUGGUCUCCUGAUAUACGGCUGGGCAGCCCAGCAACGGGUGCACUGGAUCGUCGUGGACAUUGGGGCCGUCCUACUUGGAUGCGGCUACCUCCUAAGUACCACCGCUGUACAAUCCUACGUCAUCGAGGCAUACCUAGACCACACAGCGUCAGGAGCCGCCGCAGCACAACUUCCCCGAAACGUCUUCGCCUUCGCCUUCCCCAUAUUCGCCCCGAGCCUUUACGAUUCACUUGGAUAUGGGCUCGGAAACACUACCCUUGCCGGUAUUGCGGUCUUGUUCGGAAUUCCGGCGCCUUAUAUCCUAUGGCGGUAUGGCGAGAGCUUGAGAAAGAGAGGGAAAGCGGUGGAGUAG